GCCCACCAACUCUCGCGAAUGUUCAAAUUGAGCUAGAGCGUCACAGCGUCAGGGGAAGCUAACAAUCAAAUCGCUAUUUUAGACCAACUGUCUCCCAGUAAGGCCCAAUAAGAGACUCCACAUGUCUGACAGCGAGGACAGUGACUUCUCCGACAACCAAAGCGACCGCAGCAGCGACGGCGAGGCGGAGGAGGUGGAGGAGAAUGAGGAGGACGGGGGCAGUCCGGUGGGCAGCGACAAGGCAGCAGAGGAAGAGGGCGAGGACCUGGUGGAUGAGGAUGAGUAUGAUGAUGAAGAGGACGAAGAUGACGAAGACAGACCCAGAAAGAAGCCCAGACAUGGAGGCUAUAUCCUUGACGAAGCUGAUGUGGAUGAUGAGUAUGAGGACGAAGAGGAACAAUGGGAGGAUGGAGCAGAAGACAUCCUUGAGAAAGAAGAAGCAGAAGUGUCGAACAUCGACAACGUUGUUCUCGAUGAAGAUAACUCUGGAUCCCGGCGACUGCAGAAUCUCUGGAGAGACUCUAGGGAAGAGGCGCUUGGGGAAUACUACAUGAGGAAAUACGCCAAGUCGUCUGUCGGUGAACAUUUUUCUGGGGGUUCUGAGGAGCUCUCUGAUGACAUCACCCAGCAGCAGCUUCUUCCUGGUGUCAAAGACCCUAAUCUGUGGACUGUCAAGUGUAAGAUUGGCGAGGAGCGAGCGACAGCCAUUGCGUUGAUGAGGAAGUUCAUUGCCUACCAGUUCACUGACACGCCGCUCCAAAUCAAAUCUGUGGUUGCUCCGGACCAUGUAAAGGGUUACAUCUACGUAGAGUCCUACAAACAGACACAUGUCAAGUCUGCCAUCGAGGGCAUUGGAAACCUUAGGAUGGGAUUCUGGAAUCAGCAGAUGGUUCCCAUCAAGGAGAUGACGGAUGUCUUAAAGGUGGUGAAAGAGGUCACCAACCUGAAGGCCAAGUCCUGGGUGAGGCUGAAGAGAGGCUUGUACAAGGAUGACAUAGCACAGGUUGACUAUGUUGAACCGAGUCAGAACACCAUCUCUUUGAAAAUGAUACCACGCAUUGAUCUGGACCGCAUCAAGGCCAAGAUGAGUCUGAAAGACUGGUUCGCUAAAAGAAAGAAGUUCAAGAGACCGACUCAGAGGCUGUUUGAUGCUGAGAAAAUCAGGUCUCUGGGUGGAGACGUCAGUCACGAUGGAGACUUCAUGAUUUUUGAGGGAAACCGCUACAGCCGCAAAGGGUUUUUGUUCAAGAGCUUUGCCAUGUCUGCUGUGAUCACAGAUGGAGUUAAACCCACCUUAUCAGAACUGGAGAAGUUUGAAGAUCAACCUGAAGGAAUUGAUCUGGAGGUGGUGACGGAGUCAGGAAAAGAACGAGAGCACAACUUACAGGCUGGAGACAAUGUGGAGGUGUGUGAGGGAGAGUUGAUCAACUUGCAAGGCAAGAUUCUCAGCGUGGACGGGAAUAAGAUCACCAUCAUGCCCAAGCACGAGGAUCUGAAGGAUCCGCUGGAGUUCCCGGCUCAUGAAUUGAAGAAGUACUUCAGGAUGGGUGACCAUGUCAAAGUCAUUGCGGGGCGCUAUGAAGGAGACACAGGACUCAUUGUCAGAGUGGAGGAGAACUUUGUCAUUCUCUUUUCUGACCUCACCAUGCACGAGCUGAAGGUUCUGCCCAGAGACCUGCAGCUCUGCUCAGAGACGGCGUCUGGCGUUGAUGCAGGUGGGCAGCACGAGUGGGGGGAGCUGGUCCAGCUGGAUCCACAGACGGUUGGAGUCAUCGUGCGCCUGGAGAGGGAGACCUUUCAGGUCCUCAACAUGCAUGGGAAGGUGCUGACUGUGCGCCAUCAAGCGGUAAAUCGCAGGAAGGACAACCGCUUUGCUGUGGCCUUGGACUCGGAACAAAACAACAUCCACGUGAAGGAUAUUGUCAAAGUGAUUGAUGGACCACACUCGGGUCGCGAGGGAGAGAUCCGGCAUCUGUUCCGUGGAUUUGCAUUCCUUCACUGUAAGAAGUUGGUGGAGAAUGGAGGAAUGUUUGUUUGCAAGACUCGACACCUGGUGCUGGCUGGGGGCUCCAAGCCAAGAGAUGUCACCAACUUCACCGUGGGGGGCUUCGCUCCCAUGAGCCCCAGGAUCAGCAGCCCUGCACACCACGGCAGUGGAGGGGCCCAGCAGCGGGGCGGCGGCGGCGGCGGAAUGGGUCGAGGAAGAGGACGGCGAGACAACGAUCUGAUUGGUCAGACCGUUAGGAUCUCCCAGGGACCAUACAAAGGUUACAUCGGAGUGGUGAAGGACGCCACUGAGUCCACAGCUCGAGUGGAACUUCACUCGACCUGCCAGACCAUCUCUGUGGACCGCCAGCGCCUGACCACCAUGGGAGCCAAGCGGCACAGUGGCAUGACCUCCACACACGGCCGCACCCCCAUCUACGGCUCUCAGACGCCCAUGUACGCCACAGGCUCCCGGACGCCCAUGUAUGGCUCCCAGACGCCGCUGCAUGACGGCAGCCGAACACCUCACUACGGAUCCCAAACCCCUCUGCAUGAUGGGAGCAGGACGCCUGGUCAGAGUGGAGCCUGGGACCCCAACAACCCCAACACGCCCUCCAGGAACGAUGAAGAGUACGACUUUGGCUACGACGACGAGCCGUCACCGUCCCCUCAGGGCUACGGAGGGACCCCCAACCCUCAGACGCCGGGUUACCCAGAUGCCCCCUCGCCACAGGUCAACCCUCAGUACAACCCGCAGACCCCUGGGACCCCUGCCAUGUACAACACGGAGCAGUACUCGCCGUAUGCUGCCCCCUCACCACAGGGAUCCUACCAACCCAGUCCCAGUCCUCAGAGUUACCACCAGGUGGCACCAUCUCCUGUUGGCUACCAGAACACACACUCUCCUGCCAGUUACCACCCGACGCCGUCCCCCAUGGCCUACCAGGCCAGUCCCAGUCCCAGUCCCGUGGGCUACAGCCCCAUGACCCCAGGGGCGCCCUCUCCUGGAGGAUACAACCCUCACACGCCGGGGUCCAAUAUUGAGCAGGGCAACAGCGAGUGGGUCACCACUGACAUCCUGGUCCGGGUCAAAGAUUCUUUCAUGGAUCUCAUGGGCAAAACCGGUGUGAUCCGCAGCAUCACGGGUGGCAUGUGUUCUGUUUUCAUGCAGGACUCUGAGAAAGUGGUCAGCAUCAGCAGUGACCACCUGGAGCCGGUCACGCCCACCAAGAACAACAAGGUGAAGGUGAUUCUGGGAGAAGACCGCGAGGCCACUGGCAUAUUGCUCAGCAUCGACGGAGACGACGGCAUCGUGCGCAUGGAACUGGACGAGCAACUCAAGAUCCUCAACCUCCGCUUUCUCGGCCGCCUGGAGCACUGAGGCCAGCAGGACGCUGCCGAGCCACUUUUACGUUUUUAAUCCCUUUUCUGUCUGUCGUUUUUGGAUGAAAAAAAAAGUGAUAGUGAAGAAUAAAUAGUGAACGAAAGGGGCUGCUGCUGCUUCCUCCCCACAGAGGCUCUCCAGGCGCCAUGUCCAGCUGCAAGGGGGAAAUGGCACCAUCUGGUGGCCG